GCCCGUCGCCGGUGUGUCCCAAGACGGCGGCUUUCUCGGAGCAGAUCGAGUCCUGCCACUCACUUGCCACUUCCUCUUAGGCGAUAAGAGUGGAUGGUGCGUCGACAAGUGAAGUUCUCUGCAGGAGUUGGUGGUCUUCGGAGGUGUUCGGCGUUGGUCGAGACGUGGUGUUGUGGUCUAGAUUGGAUAGGCUCUUCUGUGUUGUAGUUUGCUUGGCGGUGUUGUUUGUCUUUCGUGUGGUGUUUGCGCUACUCUUGUUGUUUGCAGCGAGUGUAAUUUCUUGUAACUGAAAUUCUGCCUUCUAUAAAGUUAUGGUACGCCUAGGCGUACUCUAAAAAAAAUCGGUUUGCAGAACCAGUCAGUCUAUUCUAGCCCAGCUGGAAUUUCGCAGCGGGACGCGUUGACGUGCGCUGAUGGCGCCGGCUAAACGGACUUGGAGGGCGCGGCGCUCUCGGGCACCUCGGGUCAACGCCCAACGGCCGGCCGUGCCAUGUAGUUUAUCUGGACAGGAACUUCGCAACAGAUAUCGAACAAGUAGAGACGCCAUUCCCCGUGCAUAUGGCGUCAUCGGCGGGGCAUCGUCGGCGGGGCAAGAACAGGCCCAAAAAGAAGAAGAAAACGGCCGGACCAACCACCGUGCAGGACCUCCCCGACCAUCUCUUCGAGCUCAUCCUCGUCCGCCUCGGCCCGUCCCCGUGCCUCGUCCGCGCCGCGGCCGCGUGCAAGCGGUGGUGCCGCGUCGUCGCGAACCCCGGCUUCCUCGCCCGCUUCGGCCCGCGGGCGCCGCACGUCGGCGACUACCACACCGACCAAGGCGGCCAACCUCUCUUCGUCCCGUCCUCGCCGGUCGCCGUCGACGGCAGGCGCUUCUCCCUCGACUUCCUCCCGGACAGCGGGUCAUGGGACAUCGCGGACAGCGUCUGCGAGCCGCUCACCGGACUCUACCAGGGGAUCAUCUGGCUUGGCGUGUUCCGGCGUCGCCUCGGUGCGUUCCUGCUUGACGGCGACGACGCGGACCGCCGCGUCAGCAUGUCCAACUUCAGGGUCCUCGCUGCCUUCGACAGAACCACUGCCUGCAUCUUCUCCACCGGCAGCGACGGCGGGUGGCGCCUCGUGUCCAGCGCGAUCACCGGCGACAUCGAGCUCCCAUCAACGCUCGGCCCCGAAAAUUUCGUAGGGCGUGCAAAUGGCACUAUAUAUUGGGGAAUCGAAGGAAGUGACACCGAUGUACUUGUUCUUGAUGAGUCCACGGCGGAGUUCUCAACCGCCACAUUGCCGGAGGCCUUAUGGUGGCCAUCCCACAAGGGGAUCUCUCGGGUUGUGGGCGGCGAGGACGGCGUGCUGCGCGUCAUCCGCCUGAUAAACAACGAGCUUAAGGUGUUUGCACGGCGGCGCCCAGACAGCGACGACGACGAUGAGUGGUCGCUAGAGAUGCAGCUGAGGUUGCCGGAGGCCACCCUUGGGCUGCCGGGGCGCGAAGAGAGCUUUUUCCAGCAAGAAGCCAUGAUUGUCUCCGCGAAUACUCGAUACGUCCUGCUGACACCGAGCGAGGAGACGUGGCUGUUCUCUGUUGAGCUGGACACGAUGCGAGUGGAGCGCAAUCACGAGAGGAACAAGUACGCCGGAGCAGCUCACCCGUACAAGUUGCCGUGGCCGCCGGCUUUGGCUGAUCCUAGCAGGGAGAGGGGGCAAGAUUAGUUAGUUGGAAGGGUCCGUUGCAACCCUGUAAUCAGCCCGUGCGUGUAGCAUUUUUUAUGCGUGAUUGUGUAUCAAAUUUCGAAAGAUUAUCUGUUUCUCUGUGUCA